AUGUCGCGAACAUACGAGCGGUGGAUAUACACCAAGUCCUGCGAAUUUCCACCGGAUGGGUGCCUCAGCCUGGGCCAGAUUCUUGCUGAGCCGAAGGACCCGGCUUAUGUCCUUCAGCCUCUGGGUCCGCUCCCCCUGCUUGAAGGGAUGAAGAUUGAAACGACGAGCCGCGACAACGUCCGGCUGGAGGACAAGGACGAGCUAUCAGGGCACUUCAAGGCGUGGGCCAAGCUGGGCUGUCUGCCCGCGCGCUUCUCUAGCAGCCUGCGCGCGAGCCGGUCCGAUCAGUUCACCUGGCACUUCAAAAAGCUUGAGAGUCAGGUGUUCUCGCCUUCGCUUGACUACGUGGGGAACGCCAUGCGCCACGGAGAUGUGCAAGCUAGCCUGAAGAAGUGGCUCUUCAAGCGCAGGGUCUACAUGGUCACGGGUGUGCGUGUCGUCAGCGGAGCGAGCAUGAAGCGCAAAGAUCAAUCUGCCAUCUCCGCCUCGGUAUCAGCGGAAGCACCACUGGACGAGUCCGUUUCAGCCGGGGCGGAAGGGGGGGUCGCCAGCAGCUCCGUGGACUCUGAAGAGUUUGACAAGGCGACGGACUUUGUCUUUGCGUACCGGCUGAACGAGGUUAGCUACAGAGGCAAGGUCAAGCACAAACCCUAUACCGGGGGCGAGACGGAGUCCUCGGGCCGGCCCCAAGAGCCUAAGCCCAGCGAGAUUGAGAUUGACGACUUCGAAGUACUCAAGCUUUCCGACAGGCCUCUGGCUGGCGGUGCAGACGACUUUGAGAGGACGAGUAUUCCUGGAUUCGAUAACGUGGAAUGUUUUGUACCCAAAGACUGA